UCCUCUCCAACUCGAGCUCCUCUUCAGCACAAGUCCGUCCUCAAGACAACGAUCGAUCCAUCGACAUUUUCACAAGCAAUCCAGAUACGCAUACACACCUACCAGUGUCUAGCUAGCUUACUUGCUUUAGCAGUUCUUUGCAAGUCUCCAUGGAGUUUGAGAACAUUGCCGCCAACGGCGAUGGCCUGUGCGCGGCGCAGCCGGCGCGGAACGACCCUCUGAACUGGGGAAAAGCUGCUGAGGAGCUGUCGGGGAGCCAUCUUGAUGCCGUGAAGCGGAUGGUGGAGGAGUACCGCCGGCCGGUGGUGACCAUGGAGGGCGCCAGCCUGACUAUCGCCAUGGUCGCCGCGGUGGCUGCCAGCGCCGACACCAGGGUGGAGCUCAACGAGUCCGCCCGCGGACGCGUCAAGGAGAGCAGCGACUGGGUCAUGAACAGCAUGGCCAACGGCACCGACAGCUAUGGUGUCACCACCGGCUUCGGCGCCACCUCCCACCGGAGGACCAAGGAGGGCGGCGCUCUCCAGAGAGAACUCAUCAGGUUUCUUAACGCGGGAGCCUUUGGCACGGGCAGCGAUGGCCACGUCCUGCCCGCCGCGACCACAAGGGCGGCCAUGCUCGUCCGCGUCAACACACUACUCCAGGGCUACUCUGGCAUUCGUUUCGAAAUCCUCGAGACAGUCGCCACUCUUCUCAAUGCCAACGUGACACCGUGCCUGCCACUCCGGGGCACCAUCACGGCAUCCGGUGACCUCGUCCCACUAUCAUACAUCGCGGGCCUUGUGACUGGUCGCCCAAACUCCGUUGCGACCGCUCCAGAUGGAACCAAGGUUAACGCAGCAGAGGCGUUCAGAAUUGCCGGCAUCCAGCACGGUUUCUUUGAGCUCCAGCCCAAGGAAGGACUCGCCAUGGUCAACGGCACCGCGGUGGGCUCCGGACUGGCGUCCAUGGUGCUCUUCGAGGCUAACAUUCUUGGCGUCCUUGCCGAGGUUCUAUCGGCUGUGUUCUGUGAGGUCAUGAAUGGCAAGCCCGAGUAUACCGACCACCUCACCCACAAGCUGAAGCACCACCCUGGUCAGAUCGAGGCUGCAGCUAUCAUGGAGCAUAUUCUUGAAGGCAGCUCCUACAUGAUGCUCGCGAAGAAGCUCGGCGAGCUCGACCCGUUGAUGAAGCCAAAGCAAGAUAGGUAUGCCCUCCGGACAUCACCUCAAUGGCUUGGCCCUCAGAUUGAGGUUAUCCGUGCCGCCACCAAGUCGAUCGAGCGCGAGAUCAACUCUGUCAAUGACAACCCACUCAUCGACGUCUCUCGAGGCAAGGCUAUCCAUGGUGGCAACUUCCAGGGCACACCCAUCGGUGUGUCCAUGGAUAACACCAGGCUUGCCAUUGCUGCAAUCGGCAAGCUCAUGUUUGCCCAGUUCUCGGAGCUAGUGAACGAGUUCUACAACAACGGUUUGCCUUCCAAUCUCUCUGGUGGGCGCAACCCGAGCUUGGACUAUGGCUUCAAAGGUGCUGAGAUUGCCAUGGCCUCGUACUGCUCGGAGCUCCAGUUUUUGGGCAACCCUGUGACUAACCAUGUCCAGAGCGCGGAGCAGCACAACCAAGACGUCAACUCUCUCGGUCUCAUCUCUGCCAGGAAGACAUCAGAGGCCAUCGACAUUUUGAAGCUGAUGUCCUCGACAUUUCUGGUCGCGUUGUGCCAAGCUAUCGACCUUCGCCACCUCGAGGAGAAUGUCAAGAAUGCCGUCAAGAACUGUGUGAAGAUGGUGGCUAGGAAGACCCUGAGCACCAAUGAAAAUGGCCAUCUCCACAGCGCACGCUUUUGCGAGAAGGACAUGCUCCUGACGAUCGACCGCGAGGCGGUGUUCGCCUACGCAGACGACCCUUGCAGCGCUAACUACCCACUGAUGCAGAAGAUGCGUGCAGUUCUCGUGGAGCAUGCCUUGGCCAACGGUGAGGCCGAGCGGGAUGCGCAAACGUCAGUGUUCGCUAAGCUUGCCGCAUUCGAGCAGGAGCUCCGUGUGGUGCUUCCAAGGGAGGUCGAGUCAGCCCGGUCCGCCGUGGAGAAUGGCACCGCCACGCAACAGAACCGCAUCACCGAAUGCCGGUCAUACCCGCUCUAUCGGUUCGUGCGCAAGGAGCUCGGGACCGAGUACUUGACCGGAGAGAAAACAAGGUCUCCUGGUGAAGAGGUGGACAAGGUAUUUGUUGCCAUGAACCAGGGAAAACACAUCGACGCGCUGCUUGAGUGCCUCAAGGAGUGGAACGGUGAGCCCCUGCCACUCUGCUGAAGAAUGCUACUCUGCUGAAGAAUGAAUCAUGGAACUGAAGAAUAGAGUGCUCCAGAAUUCAGAAGGCUCCACAUGUGUUUAGUUAAUAAGUAUAAUACUGUUUUUUCAUUAUAGUAUGUUCUGAUGUUGAUGUCUGCGACGUACUUCUAGACCUGCCUUACGAGUUGCAAACAAUUGCAAUUGCAUGACUUGGUAGUGCUAGGGUAAAUGUUGUGUUGGCGGUGCCAGUUGUAUCUGCAUAGUUAUAAUUCCAUCAACUCUGAAUCUUCCAAUUUACUUCUAA